AUGCACAUUUUCCUCUCCGACACAGUGAUGAAGGAACGUCAGAACGGUGAAACCGUCCUGACCCCUGCCAGAGCCCCCGGGCAGGGUGCCGACGAAAUAGCAGGAAACAGCGGUGUCUUUGCUUUUCAUCUCUGUAUCGGUGAUUCAGGAAGUGCAAAUUUCUGCCCAACAUGCCAAGUUGUCAGAGCCUUGCGACGCCGCCUCGUGCGCGCGCCUUGCGUUUGUUGUAUAUUUGUGAAUGCCGAGGACCAGGAUCAUGCAGCUACGCCGACGUUGGCAAACACCGGUGGAGCUGUGCCUGGAUUCACACCGGUUGGCACACCCACCAUCGAAGCCGCAUUCUCACCAAACCCGGGCGUACUUGACAAGGAUACUCUGCCAUGGGUCGAAACCAGCCGUGCCGGACACCCACUCCAAUUCCCGCGGGGCCGUGCAGUCCAACUCUCAUGA